AUGACCGUAGUCCCACCAGAAGGCGACGUAGAAUAUGCACAGGAUAAUAUUGAAGCAGUAGAAGAGGAUGAGAGUGCCUCGCUACUUGGAGCUCCUGUAGAGAAAAUCAAUCCCCUCGGUCGUGAGGUAACACUACUAUCAUGCAUUAUGCUCAACUUGGGACAGAUGCUAGGCUCUGGUAUAUUCUCCGUUCCCGGAGUGGUCUUGAACUCUGUAGGCUCUAUCGGCUUGUUCUUUAUCGCUUGGGUUCUUGCCCCUGUCUUUGCUUAUGCUGGUCUUUCGCUAUAUAGCGAGCUUGCGAGCAUGUUUCCGAAUAGAUCGGGUGCCGAAGUUGUGUAUCUUGAACAAGCAUAUCCACGACCUAGGUUUCUGGUGCCAGUAUCUUUUGCAGUGACGACUGUCUUGCUUUCAUUCAGCGCGACAAACUCAAUAGUUUUCGCCCAAUACUUCAUGAUUUUGUUUGACAUACCUGCUACGGCGGCCCGACAGACUGUUAUUGCACUUAUUGUGGCAACUGUAGCCGUCGCAGUCGUGGGUAUUUCAACGAAGUGGUCUCUACGCGUAGUGAACGUCAUUACAGGCAUCAAGGCUUUGUCACAGAUAUUCAUGGUUGCAGCCGGUUUAGCUGUUCUUGUUGGGAUCACACGCAUCAAGGAUCCAUUCUCCAACUUUGCGGACCCUUGGGCAGACAGUUCGCUGAAUGGUAACGCUUUAGCCACCGCCUUUGUCAAAACUCAUUUUGCCUUCGUUGGCUGGGCCAACUCCUUCAACGUCUUGGCGGAAGUCAAACGCGAACCUGUCCGGACCGUUCGGAAUGCUGGCCGCAUUUCCCUGGUCCUUGUAUCUGUUUUGUUUCUUUUGACAAACGUCGCAUAUAUCGCCGCCAUUCCGAAAGAAGAGAUCAAACAAUCUGGUCAACUUGUUGGUGCACUGUUCUUUCAAAAAGUAUUUGGUGAGACGUGGACGGCGAAGAUUCUCCCUGUAAUGGUCGUAUUCAGUUGCUUUGGAAAUGUUACCGUCGGUCAGGCUCGGGUUAUCCGAGAAGUUGCGCGCCAAGGGCUUCUUCCAUGGCCAGAGUUCUUCGCUUCCACAAAACCAUUCGGGACGCCCCUUGGACCAGUGCUCCUGAAACAUAUUUUAACCAUUUUAGUCAUCCUCGCUCUUCCUGCUGCAGAUGCAUUCAAUUUCUUACUUGAUCUUGCCUCUUAUCCGCACCUGUUCUUUGCGGUUGCCACCGGAUUUGGCGUUUGGAUACUUAGAAAGAGACAUGUGACACAAAAAAUACCAUUCAGUGGAUUCAAGGCGUCAAAUGUAUCGAUUGUGCUGUACCUGUCGAGUUGUAUUUUCUUAACUAUCAUGCCAUGGAUUCCGCCAGAAGAUGGUCAUGCAGACGUAUCAUUCUGGUAUUGUGUUGUAGGAAUUGGAAUCCUCCUCGUUUGUGCACUGUACUACUACGUCUGGAUUGUGCUCAUCCCACGAAUCGGUGGAUACGAGUAUGUGGAAGAAGUGGAGGAGAUCGAAGGUGGCGCGAGGCUUGCAAAACUUGUACGGAAAUACCACUCACAUUCCACAUUGCCCGAUUCGAGCCCAAGCGAGCGGGAUCCCUUACUAUGA